AUGGUUCUGUAUACCCCUGAUCCAUCAGUGCAACAGACCGUAGCUUCGGGUAGAGUUUAUACAGUUGUACCGCAUGAUCAUGGGGCGAAUGGGGCCAUGGUGGAAGGAGCUUCACAUUCUUUCAUCUCGUAUGCUUUCAUGAUUAAGCUCCAGCUAGUUGCAUUGCCUUUAGACACUCCUUUGUUAGUUUCUAUCCCUCUAGGUGUUGUGUCGCUUCUAUUGAACAUUUGUAGGAGAUGCAUUGUCAGCUUAGAUGAGUCCGAGUUCAUAGUGGAUUUGAUCAUUUUACGUAUGUCUGAGUUUGAUGUGAUUCUCGUGACCUCACAGGGUAACCAGUUUGCGGAGUCAUUCCUGGCAUACGUUGAGGAGGUGUUGUUACGAGAUCGAGUUGCUGAUUUUUGUGAGACUAGAGUCAUCUCAGAGUAUCAGGAUGUCUUUCAGGACAUGUUUAGAUUGCCUCUAGCGAGAGAGAUUGAGUUUUGCAUCAAGUUGCAGCCAAGCACAGUUCAGGACAUGUUUAGAUUGCCUCUAGCGAGAGAGAUUGAGUUUUGCAUCAAGUUGCAGCCAAGCACAGGACCGAAAUCUCAUGCACCUUAUCGUAUGGUACAUGUUGAGAUGAGGGAGCUACAGACUUAG